AUGAGCAAAAGGAACUGCAGAGAAAGUGAGCCAGUGGAAGCCUAUUGUUUCCUUGUUGCUGCUAACUUCACUGAGCAAGGUCAUGUCUCUGUUCCUGCAGGACCAGCAAAGAACUGCAACGUUUCUCGAAGCAAUGAUGAAGCCAUUGCUAAAGUAUACAACAAUGAUAUGCUUAUGCGUCAUAUAGUGAGCUUUGUGACAGAUAUCAAUACCUUGAACUCAUACGUAUCUGUUGAAAUCGGUGAUGUGUGGUUUGUUUUGCCAUCAACGACUUUGGACAAUCGUAGGGACAAGAAUAAACGUUGUACGACUCAGCCGUUGAAAUUGAUGAACACUUUGUACGGAAUGGCUGAACGAUUUGCAUUGGGAAUUACGAACGUCAGACUUGGUGGGGCAGAGCUGUGGAGUGCCGGAGUUCAGAACCACCAAUUAAUUGUGACAGCUGAUCUUCUCCGCUUUAUCAAUGACAGAUUGAAAAACCUCAGAUCGAUCUCAUUUCGGCAUUGCGGCUUCGAUGAAUGUGCCAUGGGAUAUCUUUCGUCAAUGGAGUGUUCGCUUCCUGAUCGGAUACGAGAAUUAUCUAUUUGUGGCGUUUGGUUCGACAGAAACCCAUUGAUCUCAGAAUUUUCGAGGCUAAUAACUCCUUCCCUGCGCGUGUUGAAGUUGGAGACCUUCAAAGUAGGACAGUUAGGUUCCAUGUUGUUAGACCGAGUGCGAAAUCAACAAAUGGUUCUUGAUGACAUCCACAUCCAGCUAAGUCCGUCGUCUUUACAAGGAGUAUCGGUAAAUGCUCUCCGAAAUUUCCUCAACGACGUGUCUGCAGUUACUCGGGAAUUUCGCAUUGAUGUACAUAGUCCUCGUCGAAGUGGCGAAAUCCUGCUGUUUGCUAUUCGAAAUAUAACAUUCUUGACAAACAUCGCAGAACUUCGGCUCUUUGUGCAGCCGUCAAGCCGUACAGAAGCUGAAAAUGUCACCCAUAUUUUCAAUCAUCUUGGCAAGUUGCCUAACCUACGGAAAUUUGCGUGUGGGAACUGGAAGAGCUACGAUGUCACUGCUGCACUGAGUAACGGAUUGAGAUUCUGCUUUCUCCUACGUGAUCUUGAAAUUUGCUGUCUCAGCACUUUGCUAGUGUCCACUGUUCAAGGCAUUACGGUAAUCAACGAUGGUGCUAUGUGGAAGUCGAGGGACGCAAACUGCGGAGUUAAUCAUCGCUUUGUGGCUAUCCGUUUUUUCCAUUACUCUCAGGAAAUGUUCUUUACUGGAGUUUGCUAUUCCUGCCUAUCGCAAUCCAUCAUUCUGAACAGAGCUUCUCUACGGGUCAAAUCCUCGUUAGCAUUUGCUAUGAAAGACCAAGGAUAA